GACCAAAAUCCAUCUUAUCAUCUCUCUCUCUCUCUCCUUCCGUACAACCCUGUAUCUUUCUCUCCUACACACACAAGUAAAAUAUUGAAGAUUUAAGGUGUGAUUUUGGGUUGCAGUUUUCAUGCUUAGAUGCUAUAAAGUGCCAUGGACUAUGACCACAAAAGUGGUGACAUUUGAGCAGAAAACAGAAUUUGCAGAGAACACACACAGCCUCUGUAUGUAGGCCACUUUGUUUCUUGUGCAGCGCCGCUCGUAUUUGUCGCUCGUGCAUUGCCAAUCUUCUUCAAAACCACAGAUCUCGAGAUUGGGCAUUGACCUUUGGAAGUAAUGCAGAAGCCACAAUAAUAGGAGGGUCGGUGAUUCUUUUGGAUUUUGUUUUUGGCUUGCAAGGAAUUCGAGGUACAUUACAAAGUCUUUGAACCUUGAAGCUUUGGUCUCUGUUUCCCUUACAUUUGAUUAUUAUACAACUUCCUGGUGUAUUGGGAUCUCAAUUUCAAGCUAUAAAAUAUACGAACAACGGUUAGGAUUACUGUUCUUUUGGGACACGUAGUUGGUUCCUCGUACCAAGCCAUGGUUUCAUGUAUCUAUCCCUCAGUGGAAUUGCAUAUUGUGGAUGGAAUUUAACUGUUUUCUAUGGGUAGAUGAUUGAAACACGGUCCGUGAAUUCGGGUAUUUUGUAGAUGUAUGAGGGGUGAGAGGUUGAUAUAUAGAGGAGUGGGUUUUGAUGUGGAAUUUUGGUUUUGAAACCACUACUAGAAAUGCUGAGCUUUGGUGAGGGAGAAGAGUUCUUUUUUGAUACUGUGGAUUGCUUGUCAUCAGAAGAAUCUGUUGUUGGUAAAGAAGAUUUGGUGUAUGAUAAUUUAGGGUAUGAGAUUUGGAUUAAUGAACCAAAGAGUGUUAAGGAACGGCGGGAAAGUUUUUUACGCGGAUUGGGUUUUGUUGAAUUUGCCUCCUCUGCAUAUGGCCUGCCACUUGGUGAAGAAUCAAUGGUGAUGCCAUUGGACAGGAUUAGAGAAUGUAGUGGAGCUAUUUCGAGUUCUUUUUCGACAUCUAUAGCUAGUGUAAAGGAAAAUCUGGGGGGCGCAGGGAGGGAAAUGCACGGUGAAGCCAAUUGUAUGCUUGAUGAAUCAGAUCAAGAUCAGUCCGACGAUUUUGCCAUAGCCCUUGACGAGACUGCCGGGACUUCUGGGCAUACGCAAACUCAGGCUCAUAUUCAAGAAUUUAAUAAGCCUGGUUUGGAUAAGAAGAAAAUGCGGAGUUGGUGGAAACACAUCAUUAACAAAAUGAAGAUAAAUCAAGGUAAGCUUGCGUUUGAGUUAUCAAAACCAAAAGCGGAAAAAUCAAAGAUAGAUAGAAUGAAGGUGCGGCAGAACAAGAAGAGGUGUAUGGAAUUUUCUGCAGUGUAUGCUGGACAAGAACUUUGUGCUCACAAUGGCUUAAUUUGGACAAUGAAGUUUAGUCCUGAUGGCCAGUAUCUUGCAAGUGGGGGUGAAGAUGGGGUUGUUCGAAUUUGGCGUGUUACAUUGGCAGACACCUCCUGCAAAAGUAUAUUUGCAGAAUGCAAUUUUACUGAUCCGGGGAACGGAGGCAAGUCUGUUUCUGGUAGAAAAAAGUCGAGCCAUGCUUCUGUUAUAAUUCCUGAUAAGGUUUUCCAGAUUGAAGAGCUGCCGGUGCAAGAGCUUCAUGGUCAUACAAGUGAUGUCUUGGACCUGGCUUGGUCCAAAUCUAAUUGUCUUCUUUCAUCGUCCAAGGAUAGAACUGUUCGCCUAUGGCAAGUGGGUUCUGAUGACUGUCUUAAUGUUUUCCAACACAAUAACUACGUGACAUGCAUUCAGUUCAAUCCUGCUGAUGAAAGUUAUUUCAUCAGUGGUUCCAUAGAUGGAAAAGUUCGAAUUUGGGGAGUUUCGGAGGGGCAAGUUUUGGAUUGGGCUAAUGCACGAGAUGUCGUUACUGCCAUAUGCUACCAGCCAAAUGGAAAAGGGUUCAUUGUUGGUUCUAUCACAGGCACCUGCCGCUUCUUUGAAGUAUCAGGCGGCGAUCUUCAACUUAAUGCAGAAAUACAUAUUCAUGGAAGAAAGAAAUCCUCCGGCAACAAAAUUACUGGCAUUCAGUUUACACAGGAAGAAUCUCCAAGAAUAAUGAUAACCUCAGAUGAUUCCAAAGUUCGGAUACUCGAUGGGAUUGAUGUUGUCCAUAAAUACAGAGGUCUUCCAAAGUCAGGAAGUCAGAUGUCGGCUUCAUUCACUUCAACAGGGAGACACAUAGUAUCCAUUGGGGAGGACUCUCGCAUUUAUGUCUGGAACUAUGAUAACCCGAGCAUCCCAUCAUCCAAACAACCAAAAUCUGUACGUUCCUGUGAGCAUUUCUUCUUCGAAGGUGUGUCUGUUGCAAUACCUUGGUCAGGUAUUGGAACAGAACAGAAGGGUUCAAGUUUAAUAACACAGGACCCCCAGGGGAGUUCAUGUGUUAGAGAUUCGGAACGUUUUUCUCUGGCAAGUUGGUUCUCCAUGGAUGGGUCAUGUAAGGGCUCUGUGACAUGGCCCGAGGAGAGACUUCCUUUAUGGGACAUACCAGUUUCAGAACAUGAACAUGAUGAUCCGCUUCAUAGCAAUCAUGAUCAUUGUUGUCAAGUUCAGCAUCAACGUUCCAAUGCCAGCCACAGCUAUGGUGUCUCGUUGGCAACAUGGGGGCUUGUGAUUGUGACAGCAGGUCGGGAUGGAAUGAUUAGGACAUUCCACAAUUACGGGUUGCCUGUCAGGAUUUAGAUGCUUUUGUUUGUCUGAGGUUUCAUGAUAAAUUUCAAUCCUGAUCGUAUAGUUUAGGCAGAUUCAGAAGCUAGCGGAGUGGAUGUUGUGUUCAUGUGAAGUUUGCACAUUACUUAUAUCUUCCAGUUCUUUAAGCAUACUUCAGAAGAUCAAAUUCUUGGCAAUGCAUUUUGAUGGUCGUUUUUGUUGGGGUUGUUAUGAUGGGUUUUGAUGUAUAAGCUAGGUCAGGAAAGCAUGCAUAAAUGUAGAAAUGAAAAAUAUUAGAUGAAACUGUAAAAAAUUUCCCCGG